GAUCAGUGAUGCGUUCGGCGAGAAAUAGGGUGAAUUUCCCAGUUGUUGGUUCAAUCGCGGACUUGAUGAGAAACGUUUAUGGACAGGAAUCACCUUCAUUUGGUCGUUACACUGAGAUUCAUUCUUUACAAAUAAAUAUCGGCGAAGACGCCUUAAUCAUCGGUGACGUUAAUUUCAUACGGUCAUUGAACUUCAAUGUUCUUCAUUGCAGUUCAACUACAUCAGUUCUACCAGUUUUCAACAAUUGUCAAUUGUUGACAUUUAUAGCUGCAGAAAGUGAUAAUCACGUAUUUCCACUGGUAACAAUUUUGUGGUCUCGAAGAACUCCAGCUAUUUGUGCUGCAGUAAUGACAUUAAUACGUAUGAACUUCUUAACUCAAGAAGUCGAUACUAUUUUUACGGAUUAUGAUCUUAAGCUGUGCUUUAAUCAAGCUUUUCCGAACAGUCAAGUAACUGUAACUUACGAUAGUUUUUGCCGGGCGACUGCUUGGCCGAGCCGCCAAAAAAAAAAAAAAAAAACGGUUAUUGAACAACAAGCUCGAAAUUUUAUGGUAGACACUAGAGUUCCAGCGAUUAGAGAUUUUUUGAAGAAAUGCAUGAGCUUAAUUUUACUUCCAGAACAAGAAAUUGACAACGGCUUUAUUGAAGCUAUUAAUUCCGUUCCGCUUUACUUACAACCACAGCUACAGCCAUUUUUACAGUAUAUGCAGCUGAAAUGGUUAAAUGAAACUAAAAUCCAUGCUAUGAAAUUGUUUGACAACACUGACGGAAUCAAAGACAUCAGUAUCAUUUUUACUCGUGAAUUACAAUAUCGCUGUGGAGGUCAAAACAUGACGAUCUGGAAUUUUUUGAAAAAUUAUGUUUCAUUUAUGAAUAUUGCGUCAAAUGAUGCGGCACGAAUUCGCAAUCACUUGGAUGCACGAAUUCGUUUUCCACGCUCUAACAGUUUCUGCUUGGAGAGAACAUUGUUGCAAAGGCAAUGCACA